CAUUGUUCGGUUCAGUCGUCAUAGAGAAGUCAAAUAAAUGAGACGGAAUUGUACAGUUUUGUGCAGUUCUCUUGUCUAAAAUAAAACCCAAAACAUUCAACCAUAGUUUCGCUAUUCUUUCGGUCGUCCUACGUUUGUAACAUUUGUGUACCUGUUUUAUUCAUCAACCAUCGUUUUAACUGCGUUAAUGUAAAGAAAGUUUACUCAGCAUUUCUGAUUUCAUCAACAUCAUCAUCUGUGUUCAACUAUUUUCGAAAGAAAGAUGUUCCCUCGUCGAUGUGCUCCCAUUCAUGACCGUUAUGAUCCGAUUGCCGAAUUGCUGUUGGACCCAUUACAUUUGGAUUGUAAGAAGAGGCCGGUUUUUAUCAGUCCUCUACCAAAAGUUCAUCCUCUGAAAUCAAGUCCACUCUGUGUUCCUGCUGACGUCCGACGACGCAUUCGCAGUUAUAAUAGGGACGAAGAAGAAAUUGUUGACAUCCCCAAAUUACAAUCUGUCAACAAAAUGCCACCGAAUUGGAAGCGACAUCACCAAGAAACAUUGAAAGCACAGUUGACAUUCGACACCUUUCGAGUCCGUGCUAAUUCUAUGCAAUAUUCGAUUGUUUCCAGCCUGUUGGAUCCAACGUCCAUCAAGUCUGUAGUGCAGAUCGUAAACCCUACACUCUGGGACAAAUUUGAACAGAAGCGGAAGGCGAUGAUAAAAUCAAAAAGUGAUGAUGCCACUGCUUUGAGCGACAUUGGAUUGAGUAGAAAAGACAUGAAAGACGUUCUUCAGUACGCAAAAGAUUUUCCACUUCAUCCGAAAGUAGCCUCUGUUCCUUACAACGACAACAUGAAUUUGCUGUUCCACUGUACAAGUAAUAAGAAGAAUAUCGAUAGCAUUCUCAGUACCGGACUGGAUGAACGUAUGUGCAGCGGUGGUCUUCUAGGACGAGGAAUUUAUUUUACCGAUAAUCCGAGAAAAUCAAUGACGUAUGACAGAUGUGGUGUCAUCUUUAUCUGUGGAGUUCUGCUUGGUGAUUGCUUGUCGAUGGGUAACAAACGAGACGUGGAUUUGGUUCGCGAACCGGCGAAAGGGGACGUCCAGAGGCGAAACUUUAAUGACCUAUUUUUCGAUUCCAUUGUGGGAAGACCGGCAGUCACUGACAAUGAAUUCGUGCUCUAUGACAGAAAUCAAUGCAUUCCGUUGUAUAUGGUCGAGUACGAAAACCCGUCUCGACUAGAUGUGUUGCACUCUGUUCAGAGCUUUGACAGCCGUGAAUAUGUGCAAGCCAGAAAAGACUUACCGCCAUUCUGUUGGAAAGCGGGUGAACGUUCCGUCCCUAUGCCAAGCUUAACAAGAAUGAAAAAACGUGAUUGGCCGUUUUAUUCUAACAAAAUUUUUGAAAAAAUGGAAAUGUCCGGCUAGAAAGUGAAAUUCAAUUUUUGUUAAUUUUCUUAUUUCGAUUUCGCGCAUACUUUUAAUACUUUUGGCUGUGCCUCACAAUACUUUUAUUUUGAAAUUUUAUUUUAAUUUUUCUUUUGCUACGUUUUGGUGGCUACUGUUGACUGGUAUAUAUGGCGAUAAUGAUAAAUAAACAUUUUGAACAUAAAAAUUU